GUGCACAUCUCGUCUCUCCACGUUUACCAUGUCUGGCUUUCUCAACAGCAUUGGCCGCCUCCGCGCGCCCAAACGUGCGCCGAUUCCGAGCCAGCUCAGCCCCAGCACAGGAGGGUAUGAGGCGCCGCUUGUUUCUCCUGGCGCCGAGCUGAGUGGGCAACCCCCCUCUCCAGGUCCCCGUCCAUUGUUCCUGUGCCAGCCCUUCGUCAAGGCCGCUCUCGUCAAGGGGAGCUUUAAGACGAUCGUCGCGCCCCCCAAGUAUGUUGACGUCAACGAGUGGGUCGCGAUCAACUUGUUCGACUUCUACCACAACUUGAACCACUUCUACUCGGCCCUCACCGAGUUCUGCACGAUCCACAACUGCCCGACCAUGAGCGCGGGGCACACGCUCAACUUCCUGUGGCCAGACCAGAACCAGCGAUUGGUGUCCCUCCCCGCGCCCACCUACAUCGACUUCGUGAUGAGCUGGCUCCAGAAGCUGCUCGAGGACGAGCACGUCUUCCCAACCAAGUCGGGUCGCGACUUCCCCAGCAGCUUCGCAUACACGGCCAAGCACAUCUACAAGCACCUCUUCCGCGUCUUCGCGCACCUGUACCACGCGCACUUCGAGCAGGUGGUGCAUCUGUCGGUUGAGGCGCACUUCAAUUCAUUGUUCGCGCACUUCCUCGCGUUCGGCAAGGAAUUCGACCUCCUCGUCAUGAAGGACCUUAUGACGCCGCAGGGGAUGGGGCAGGGCGUCGCCGAGCUUGCUGACCGCUGGCGCGAGAUGGGCAUCCUCGAGGUUUAGAACCCGGCCGGGUUGUUGUACAUUGCAUUAAGUAGACGACACGCUCAUGAAUCCUGCGCCCGGCGUGCGGGUGAUCUGCAUACUUGCUGACACCCUGGGCAUGCGCUGCCUGGUUCGACCGGCACCGCCAUGCGUACUCAGGAGGUUUCUGCAGGCAUGUGCACAUUUCAUAGCUGCCAAGACGCUGUCUCUGGUGACUCAGCGUUGCAAUGGACAGAACUACGCUUGCU